CAGGGGGGGGCAAGUCCUCCCCCUUGCCCCUAUCUGUGGACGCCCAUGUUUGUGUAUGUGUGUGUGAGGACUCGCUCACAAGCUGCAAGCAGUGACUGUGGUGCUGAAACAGCUCCUGUCUCUAUCCUGUUCCAAGGCAAAGCAUUGGGGAGGGGAGGUGGUGCUGAAAGAACAGCUCCCAUUGAGUGCUGAAGGCAAUCUCUGUCCUAAGCUCCACGGAUAGAAAGGUGGCAGAGCAAAUUUACCUUUAUCAGGACAUUUUCUUUUCACAUGGAGUGACUUUUAAGGAAUGCUCUGGGACCAGUAUCAUUGCUCAAUGAUGAAUACAAGCACAUUUAUGCUGUAGGAAGUGGCCGCUAAUGGGUCAGAUUGCACUGUUGGCAAGCCUUUUGUUUCUUUGUAGGUGAUAUCACAAACGUACCGGUUGCUGGGCUAAGGCUCAAAGUAAAUGCUUGACUUCAUCUGGGAUGCCCUGAUGCUGGAUCUCCAUCGAUUUCAUGGCGGUGGCACGGAAAAUCAAAACUUUGCUGACUGUCAACAUCUUAGUCUUCGUGGGUAUCAUUCUCUUCUCUGUCUACUGCAGGAUACAAGACAGGUCUCAAGAACUGGUACAGAUUGUCAGAAGUUCUGAUCGCAGAGUAAGGAGCAGGGGCACCAAAGUGGGGACUCUAGUUGACCGGGAGUCUAUACUUCAAAGGCUGGACCACCUAGAGGAAGUAGUAUAUAACCAGCUAAAUGGUUUAGCCAAGCCUAUGGGACUUGUGGAGGGGCCUGGAGGGCUUGGACAAGGUGGUAUGGCUGCCACCUUAAGAGAUGACAGUCAUGAAUCAGAAACAAAAUAUGAGGAAUACGGUUAUAAUGCCCAGCUAAGUGACAGGAUCUCACUUGACAGGUCUAUUCCUGACUACAGACCCAAAAAAUGCAAGCAGAUGACUUACCCGGAUGACUUGCCUCAGAUCGCAGUAGUCUUUAUAUUUGUGAAUGAAGCUCUAUCUGUUAUCCUGCGGUCCGUGCACAGUGUAGUCAACCACACUCCAUCCUAUCUCCUGAAAGAGAUCAUACUGGUGGAUGAUAAUAGUGACAAUGUGGAGCUGAAAUUUAACUUGGAUCAAUAUGUGAAUAAGAGAUACCCAGGGCUGGUGAAAAUAGUGCGUAACACGAGACGGGAAGGACUCAUUAGAGCUCGGAUUCAAGGAUGGAAGGCAGCCAGUGCACCAAUCGUUGGCUUUUUUGAUGCUCAUGUGGAAUUCAAUACUGGCUGGGCUGAACCAGUGAUUACAAGAAUCAAAGAAGAUCGGAGACGAAUCAUUUUACCAGCAAUCGAUAAUAUCAAAUACAAUACAUUUGAAGUGCAGCAGUAUGCCAAUGCAGCUCAUGGCUAUAACUGGGGGUUAUGGUGCAUGUACAUCACUCCUCCUCAGGAUUGGUUAGAAAAAGGCGACGAGUCUGCACCCAUCAGAACUCCUGCAAUGAUUGGCUGCUCUUUUGUGGUGGACAGAGCAUACUUUGGAGAUAUCGGACUGCUAGACCCUGGCAUGGAAGUGUAUGGUGGAGAAAACAUCGAGCUAGGCAUGAGAGUAUGGCAAUGUGGUGGAAGCAUGGAAGUCCUUCCUUGCUCCAGAGUUGCCCACAUCGAACGCACAAAAAAGCCUUACAACAAUGACAUUGACUACUAUGCAAAGCGCAAUGCUUUAAGAGCUGCUGAAGUGUGGAUGGAUGAGUUCAAAUCCCACGUCUACAUGGCUUGGAAUAUACCUAUGACAAACCCCGGUGUGGAUUUUGGGGAUGUUUCAGAAAGAGUCGCUCUGCGCCAGAAGCUUCAAUGCCGUAGUUUUAAAUGGUACUUGGAAAAUGUAUAUCCAGAAAUGCGAGUGUACAAUAACACUAUCACUUAUGGUGAGCUCCGAAACAGUAAAGCAACUGGCUACUGUUUGGAUCAAGGCUCUGAAGAUGACAACAAAGCCAUCCUUUAUCCCUGCCAUGGCAUGUCCUCACAGCUUGUACGCUACAGCAGCGAAGGCCUACUCCAGUUAGGCCCAUUGGGUUCGACGUCCUUCCUUCCUGAUACGAAAUGUUUGAUUGAUGACGGAAAAGGCAGAACCCCAACACUUAAGAAAUGUGAUGAUGUCCCCCGAUCAGCUCAAAAAUUUUGGGAUUUUACACAGAGCAGUCCCAUUGUUAACAGAGACACUGGUCGUUGCCUGGAAGUUGAAAUGUCCAAGGAUGCUAAUUUUGGACUACGGUUAGUAGUGCAAAGAUGCUCAGGACAGAAAUGGAUAAUAAGAAACUGGAUAAAACAUGGAAGAAAUUGAUGUCUUUUUUGAGAGGCUGUUCAGCCGAGAUUUUCGAUGGCCACAAGCCUAUGCUUAUUUGUAUAAACCUUGGGAAAAGAGGACAUUCCAUAUAAAAGUCUACGACGACUGAACAUUACAUGAUAAUGGACCAUCCACUGAGUGGAUUGAUUGUUAUGAACCUUGUAUGGAAAAAAGACAUGGGACUUCUGGAGGCUGGGAAGAUACGGAAAAGCCUGCAGGGGGUAUUCUAGAGUGAAGGCAGGAGAAAAUAUCCUUUCCGUUGACAGAUUUUGUGUUAUAGACUGGUGCACAACUCCUACAACGAAUUAUCAUGUGCCUUUUAUUGUACUUCCUAUACAAUAGAGCAUCCCUUACAUCAGCAUGUGUGAUUAAUUGUGAUACUAAAGUAAAUAAACUACAGAUGUAAUUAAGCAAUAAUCCCCAAUGGGCUGGGUAUCUUUUUGAGGAAAUUCUACAGAUUUCAAGCCUGUUAGCAGGACAACAUUAUUUAUAUAUAAUACGAUUUUAAGAAAAGUAAAAAUGGCAUCUCACUCUCUCUAUCUCUCUGCUGAAAGAUCAUGUUUAAUGAAUUGCUAAGUUAUCCACUUUCUUUGGCAGGCAUAGACUGGCACCCUGUGGCACACAAACAGUUCACAAAACAUUGGCUUUCCAUUUUGUAAAGAAGGUGGAAGUGUCUGGCGUGAGCUCUACAAGAAUUUUGUAAUGCAGAGUAUGAAAUAUGUCAUCCAACUGCAUCAAAUGGGAGAAAUAAAGUUUAAGGGGGGUAAUGUAACAAAAGUGCAAAAUUGCCAUACGUCUAGCCACAGUUGCUGUAUCAGUAAAACAACUUAAUGGUGGCACCUGGACAAACUUUGUGUCUUUUGUUACAUAUGCGGAUUCAUUUUCUAUUGGAAGCAGGAAACUUAGUGCAAAAGUACAACAUCUAAUUAGGCUAAUUGUACAUGGUCUGCUUGGACACUACACCAUGUAAAGAAUUAACAAAUUCUGGCAAAUACUGACAAUCCCUUACUAAACACAUUAGUGUGGUUAAUAAAAGUUGCAAAUUGAAACCCAUUUUUGAUUGCAGAAAAAUUGCAUUCAUAAAGAAUUAUGUUCAAAAUGCAGGAUUAAAGAAGAAGGAAUGCUACCAAAGCAGCAUGGUGUAGAAUGCUUUACCAUACCUGAAUAAACAGCUCUAUAA